AUCAUCCUACCAUUAAAAUUGUACUACAAACCUCUCUCCGUAUCACUCCAAGUUAUAGGUCACAUUGUCACAAUGUGGUCACCAAUUGUUCUACUGUUGUGCCUUAUUCCUCCUGUGUUCUUGCUAUUCUUCUUCCAAUACCGUAGAACCUUCAAGAACUCAAACCUUCCACCAGGUCCUAGAGGCCUUCCCAUAAUAGGGAAUCUCCAUCAGCUAGAUAGCUCGAAUCUUCAUCUUCAGCUAUGGAAACUCUCAAAGAAGUAUGGCCCUAUAUUUUCCCUUCAACUAGGUUUAAGGCCCGCCAUAGUGAUUUCCUCAUCCAAAGUGGCCAAAGAGGCACUUAAAACCCAUGACGUUGAGUUUAGUGGAAGACCAAAAUUACUUGGCCAACAGAAACUGUCCUACAAUGGAAAAGACAUAUCAUUUUCACCAAAUGGUAGUUAUUGGAGAGAAAUGAGAAAACUUUGUGUUGUCCAUGUCCUUAGCUCUAGACGUGUCUCGAGCUUUUCCUCAAUAAUAAAUUGUGAGGUUAAGCAAAUGAUAAAGAAAAUAUCUAGGCAUGCCUCAUCUUUAAAGGUUACAAAUUUGAAUGAAGUGUUGAUAUCUCUAACUUGCGCUAUUAUAUGUAGAAUUGCUUUUGGGAGAAGGUACGAAGAUGAAGGAACUGAAAGGAGUAGGUUCCAGGAGCUACUCAAUGAGUGUGAGGCCAUGUUGAGUAUCUUCUUUGUUUCGGAUUAUGUUCCAUUCUUGGGUUGGAUUGAUAAACUGAGUGGACUGCAAGCACGUCUUGAGAAAAGUUUCAAGGAGUUGGAUAAGUUUUCCCAAGAGGUCAUUGAGGAACACAUGGAUCCCAACAGAAGGACUUCAAAGGAAGAGGAUAUAAUUGAUGUCUUACUUCAACUGAAGAAGAAGCGUUCGUUUUCAACAGACCUCACUAUUGAUCACAUCAAAGCGGUGUUCAUGGACUUGCUUAUAGCAGCAACGGAUCCCACUGCAGCAACAACAGUUUGGGCUAUGACCGAACUAGUAAGACACCCAAGGGUAAUGAAGAAAGUUCAAGAAGAAAUUAGAAACCUAGGAGGUAAGAAAGAUUUCUUAGAAGAAAAUGACAUUCAGAAGUUUCCCUAUUUCAAGGCAGUGAUAAAAGAGACAUUGAGAUUAUACCCACCAGUGCCACUCCUUUUGCCAAAAGAGACAAAUGAAAAUUGCAUUAUAGAUGGUUAUGAAAUUGCAGCCAAGACAUUAGUAUAUGUGAAUGCUUUGGCUAUUCAAAGAGACCCUGAAAUAUGGGAAGACCCAGAAGAAUUUUUGCCUGAGAGGUUCUUAUACAGCACUAUAGAUUUUCGAGGGCAAGAUUUUGAGUUAAUUCCAUUUGGUGCUGGUCGUAGAAGUUGCCCGGGCAUGCUUAUGGCAACUGCCUCAUUGGAUCUUAUACUUGCUAAUCUUCUUUAUUUAUUUGAUUGGGAAUUGCCAGCAGGGAUGAAAAAGGAAGACAUCGAUACUGAAGUCUUGCCAGGACUUGUCCAGUAUAAGAAGAAUCCUCUUUGUAUUUUGGCCAAAUGUCACAUGUAAAAGUCUGUUAAAAUUGUAUUCUAUAAUCUAUAUAAUUUUGGGUACAGAAUCUAUAAUCUUCAUUUAUAUAUAUAAUAAAGGAAAUCAAGUGGUCUUUAAUGGGGUUGUUGCAGAUGGGCCUUUGGUUUUGCUAUCUAUUCAGCGAUUGUCAUGGUCCUGGAUACUCUCUAAUUCCAAUAUUUGUAGUACGUGGUAUUACUUUGCCAGUUGGUGCAAUGAUCCUUCUGUUGUUCUGAGGACUUUAGUUUCCUCUUGAUGCAAUUUUUGUUGUUCCUAUGGGUCA